AUGGCAACAAGACUGCGGCACUACUUCCAGAGCCACACAAUCAUAGUACGAACAGACCAACCGCUAAGACAGAUAUUAACUAGACCCGAGCUCACCGGCAGAUUAAUAAAAUGGUCGAUCGAGCUCUCCGAGUUCGAUAUUCAGUACGAAUCAAGGAAAACACUGAAGUCACAAGUGCUAGCCGACUUUAUAUCAGAGAUGACUAAUGACACACAAAAUACAGAGGUCAGUUGGAGCAUGCAUGUGGAUGGAGCGUCAAACAAAGAAGGCAGUGGAGCAGGGAUACUACUGAUGGAAGGAAACAAAGUGGUGGCCGAGCAGUCACUGCGUUUCCGCUUCAAUGCAAGCAACAAUCAGGCAGAAUAUGAGGCAUUACUCGCUGGACUGAAGCUCGCCCUACAACUACAAAUACCCCGAAAAACAGUUUACUGCGACUCUUCAUUAGUGGUACAUCAAAUAAAGGGCGAAUUCCAGGUAAAAGAUCCUUUGUUAGAGAAAUAUUGGCUCAUAACAAAAGAUCUUAUUUCAAAAUUUAACAAAUUUGACAUUAUUCAUGUAAACCGAGAACAAAACACCAGGGCCGAUGUGUUAUCUAAGUUAGCCACAACUCGGCAAGCCGAAAACACAUCGGCACUAUCCCAGCUAACACUUGACAAACCGAGUUUUGAGCAGGAUACAAUUCUGAGUAUUACACAGGUCCCAGAUUGGCGAACACCUUUUCUCGACUACAUCAACACAUGCACCAUGCCAAAUGAUGAGCCGAACUUGCCACUCUUCCGAAGAAGAGCAAGCUUCUAUACAGUGCUCGGAAACACUCUGUACAGACGAGGACACUCCCAACCACUCCUAAAAUGCAUCAGCAGGGAGGAGGCCGAGGAUGUCAUGGCCGAAACACAUGAAGGAGUCUGCGGCAACCAUAUCGGCGGCCGAGCAUUAGCAGCAAAGAUUCUGCGAACAGGAUAUUAUUGGCCGACGAUAAAACGGGACUGCAUCUCCAAAGUCAAGGCAUGUGAUAAUUGUCAAAAGCACGCCACCCUCUCAGAGACCCCGGCCGAGGAGCUCCAUACCAUAGAGGGAUUAAAGAAAAAGCUCGGCGAAGCUAAAGGAGAGUGGGCCGAUCUCAUUCCAGAAAUUCUAUGGAGUUACAAUACCAGCAUUCAAUCUGCCACAGGAGAGACUCCUUUCAAGCUGGUAUAUGGCGCAGAAGCACUUAUCCCAGUAGAAGUCAGCAGGACCGAGCUCUAUGAUCAAUCGAAUAAUCUACAAGCUCGGACAGCCGAGUUGGAUCUUGUAGAAGAAGAAAGAGACAUUUCCGCCAUAAAGCAGCGAGCCAGAAAACAAUACCUAGAGCGAAGACACAACAAAAAAGUAGUUCACAGGUCUUUCAACAAUGGAGACCUCAUACUCAGAUGCACAGAAGAAGCUCGGAAACCUCCGGCAUAUGGCAAAUUAGCAGCAAACUGGGAAGGACCUUUCCGAGUUCUUCAAAAUCUCGGAAAGGGGGCUUACAAACUAGAAACCCUUAAAGGAGAUCAACUUCCAGGAACAUGGAAUGUCUCCUCCCUAAGGGAAUAUCAGUCAUGA